AUGCGGAUAGCAAAUGAUAGGAGACGAGCUGAACUGCUGCAGGUUGAGCGCAUCAAACACCGGGAUGACGUGGGGGACAUCGAUCGACGACAUCGCUCUGAGAUCCAGCACCUUCGUCAAGGAUUCGAGGAGAGUGAAAGGGCGUAUAAGGAUCGCAUCGAUCGUCUGGAGGACCAUCGGAGAGGCAUAGAGGAGGAGUUGAGCAGGGUCAAAGCACAGCAGCUGACAGAGAGACUCUCGCUGGAGGAACAGAUCCUUGCUACCAAGAAACAAGUUAGGGAUGAAGAGCAUCAAAGAAGCAAGCUUUUGGAAGACAAGAUCCGAGUCCUGCAGAACGCCAAAGAUGACAUCCAUCAGCAUGCAAGCAACCAGAGUCAGAUGGUAGCUGAAGUACAGGCUCGUAACAAUAACCUGACACUGGAGGUCGAGUCCCUCAAGAGACAUCUUCAGGAAAUGACUCAGGAGCUCGCAGGGAAAAACAAUGAGAAGCUAUCUGCUGUGCACCAGGCAGAGCUUCAACAUCAGAAAGAUGUCCAGAGGAUGGAGUCUAAACUCGCUCAUUUACAAGAAUUCAAAGAGAAAGCAGCUGAUCUAGAGGCAAAACUCAUAGAUCAAAGCAGGAGGCACAGAUGUGAGUUAGGGAGCAAACAGGAGGAGGUGGAUUCCUUACAGGAGCAGCUGAGAGUCCGAGACAUGGACAUCGCACGCUACCAAGAGGAGGAGAACCACCGGGCUAGCGCACUCCAGUCUGCCAUCUCAAGCUAUCUCAAUGCACCCCGCUCACCGGCAGUCACCCCCAGGAGAUAGCAUAGAUGGGACUACAACGAAGAUUGUCAGUAAGGUCCAUAGACUAUGUUAUAUGAGAUUUUUUUUUUACGUGUUUUUUUUCCCCCUAAGUUGGAAGAUAUUGAGUACUAGCAGUCCGUGGAUAGCUGGCUAUUGACGGAUAUUCCCUGUUUAUUAUUUUUAGCAGUAUCCAUCAAGAAAGUGCAUAAAUGAGACUGCACUUUUCAGUGUUGGUGGCAUUCGUUCAUCGCGAAGUAUGAAACCAAUCUUUGAACAGUAUUGUUAGCAAACCUUCCAUCCAGGUUGCUGUGUUUUUGCUGCAUGUGCAUUCCACCCAACCCAUUUCAGUUGCUACAAGCAGAUGGCACAAGUGGGAUGGCAAAGCAGUUAAAUAUAUUUGUAAGAAUAAGUUUUUUUAUCAAGUUAUUUAAGCUUUAUUUAUUGUAGCUGUAAAGAUAACCUUGGAUUUUGUAUGACUUUUCAAACUGAAAAUGUAAUUAUUCAUUGUUGUAGAGGAUGGGAAUUAAUUCCCAAUUUACUCAUCCCCUUCAUACCAAUGAUGGAUAAUGCACCGAUGGAACAAUUUCAAUGUCAAUUCAUUAAUAUGUGUACAAUCAACUCUUGAUGGUUUCAAAGUAGACACUUGGGAGAAGCAUGUGCGCCAUGACAACACAACAUUUACAAGAAUAAGAGCCUAUGUAUCAACAAUACUUUAUUAGUUACCAUGGUGACCACAUCCAAGUGGACCUAUGUCUCCUGAUGAUUUUGAAAAGCUGCUGUUAUAAGCUACAUACAGUAUACUCCUUCUCUUAUUAUAUUUUGAGAUAUUUUCAGCAAUACGUUCCGUUGCGUCUUCACUGCAUGUUGCACUGUUAGAUUCAGAUAGUUUGCAUCCAAAUGUCUUCUUUUCAGCCAUGGCAUCGAGUAAUGCUUUCUUUACAUUGGCUCUGUUGUCGGAAACUCCAUAUACGAUGAUGCAACCCUUCCCUCUUCCAACUUCUCUGCACCACUCACAGAAAACCUCAUGUUGACAUUGUAUGUUUUCCACUGAGGCCGCCUCAGGAAAUUUAUGCGUCUUCACUGCAUGUUGCACUGUUAGAUUCAGAUUGUGUGCAAAGCAAGAAACCCAACUAAAUGUGUUCUUUUCAGCCACAGCAUCGAGUAAUGCUUUCUUGACAUUGGCUCUGUUGUCAGAAACUCCAUAUACGAUGAUGCAACCCUUCCCUCUUCCAACUUCUCUGCACCACUCGCAGAAAACCUCAUGUUGACUUCGUAUGUUUUCCGCUGAGGCCGCCUCAGGAAAUGUAUGCGUCUUCACUGCAUGUUGCGCUGUUAGAUUCAGAUAGUGUGCAUCCAAAUUUCUUCUUUUCAGCCACAGCAUCGAGUAAUGCUUUCUUUACAUUGGCUCUGUUGUCGGAAACUCCACAUACGAUGAUGCAACCCUUCCCUCUUCCAACUUCUCUGCACCACUCGCAGAAAACCUCAUGAUGAUGUCGUAUGUUUUCCGCUGAGGCCGCCUCAGGAAAUUUAUGCGUCUUCACUGCAUGUUGCACUGUUAGAUUCAGAUUGUGUGCAAAGCAAGAAACCCAACUAAAUUUCUUCUUUUCAGCCACAGCAUCGAGUAAUGCUUUCUUUACAUUGGCUCUGUUGUCGGAAACUCCACAUACGAUGAUGCAACCCUUCCCUCUUCCAACUUCUCUGCACCACUCGCAGAAAACCUCAUGAUGAUGUCGUAUGUUUUCCGCUGAG